GGACCGCACAGUUUUCAGUUAACAUUCGCGCGGAGAACAUGAACCGGGUUUUGGGGAACCCACAGCAACCGUUUAAAUAGAUUGAAGUAUUUUCCGUUUGUCAACAAAACAAAGCCGCGCGGGUUGCCAGGUGGAGAAGAAGAAAGAACACUUGUAUAUUCGAUAAAAAUAACCACUUGUGCACAGAUACCUUUAUAGAAAACAUAUAGAUAUACAAUAGAUAGUGCUCUGUUAGAGAUUGGAUAAUCGAAAAUGGCCUGUUCCACCAAUGUGCUGAAAGUGUUUGCCCUCUUUUGGGACAUCAUCUAUGCUAUUUUCGGCCUGAUUGUGAUCGGCCUUGGGGUGCACGUCAUCUAUAAAUUUGAGCAUUUCAACACCGCCGCCUUCGUCAUCAUUGGCCUGGGCGUGGUUGUGGUGCUGACCGCCCUCUUUGGCGCCCUGGGGGCAGCGCGCGAGAGCAGCAACAUUUCAAAGACGUUUGUGUUCAUUCUGGUAGUUCUGGUUGUGCUGGAAGUCCUGGUGGUGGGUUUCCUGUGGAUAUUCCAAACCUCGUUGCUGAUCAAUGUGGACAAGACCUUCGAUCAGCUGUGGAACGAUCAGCCCGUGCCCAUCAAGCCCGGCAAUCAGAGCCAAAUCGCCAGCCUCGAGCGUUGGUUGGACUGCUGUGGCAAUGUGGGACCCAAGGACUAUAUGCUGCCCCCGAACAGUUGCUACAACAGCCAGACGGACAAACUCAAUCUGGAGGGCUGUCGGCAAAAGUUUCUGGACUUUAUUGCCUCACGUUGGACAACCUUCAACUUUGUCUCCUUGGUUCUGGUGGGAGUGGAGAUCAUUUGCGCCCUGCUGGCCUAUGUCCUCGCCAACAGCAUUGUGAAUCGCUGGCGCCGCUCGAAGUACUACCAGAAAUAGUUGCCAAAUUAGUGUAGAAUAUUUUUGAGUAUAAUGCAUUUCAAAAAACCAACUUUAAAACGCGCAUACUUAAGGCCAAAGAACUCGCAAUGCAAAUACCUGAAGCCAAACAAUAGAAAAGGUUCCAACGUAUAUCUGGCUAUGAGGAUAAUUCUGGGUAGGGCGAGAACUAACCAUUUACAUUUUAAUUUAAUCUAAUCUAAGCUCGACUUAAGCCACAAUCUUUUGUAACAACAUUUCGAACAGAUCAGCCAAAACCAAAAUAAAGAAUUCUUCAUAGUUCG